CUGAGCUUGACUUCAAGUCCCUGACAGACCUUGGGACCUGUGAUCACCGAGGCGAGGAGAGGAGAUAGGACCAUGCGGCUGUCCCUUGCUCUGCUCCUUCUCAUCCUCCUAGGUUCCCCCAAUGCUGAGAUUAGAGAGGAUCCAAUCACUGGUCCAGGAGCAGUGAGUGGUCCAGAGGGGGGCUCACUGACCGUGCGGUGUCAUUAUAACCCAGAGUGGAAAACCCAUCGGAAGUUGUGGUGUCGAGGGGCUGAGUGGGCCGCCUGUAAGAUCCUUGUUGAGACUGCUGGAACAGAGGAAGAGGUGAAGAAGGACCGUGUGUCCAUCCGGGAUAGUUGGAAAGACUACACAUUCAAUGUGACCAUGGAGGUGCUCAGGAGAGAUGACGCUGACACUUACUGGUGUAUCAUCCAAAGAACUGGAAUUGACAAAGGGGUCCAAGUUAAGGUGACCAUUGACCCAGUUCCACAAAGUUCAGCCCCAGAGAGGACAACUACGGCAGCAAGGACAACCACAGGGUCAAGUCCGACAGUCAUAUCUUCAACCAGUGGGAGGACCCCCAGCACUCUCUCCAGGUCCUUCCUCACAAGCCCCUUCUUCCUGAUCCUGGUCCUUCUGGAGCUGCCCCUGCUCCUGAGUAUGCUGAGUGCCGUCCUCUGGGUGAACAGGCCUCAGAGAAGCUCUGCAGGGAGGCCAGGUUGGCCCGAUGAUGCCCACUGAUGCCCUGCCCAGACAGAAACAGCCUCCAACACAUGACAAGCAUUUCUAAAGGGUGCAGGACUCCAGCCAAUAGUCGGUUUGAAAUUUUAAGCCCCAUGAAAAUAGAAAAACUGAGCCAAACUCUGCUCACGGACCAACUGUGAGUGAAGACUUAAAGGUUCUCUGAGCAAAGGCCUCCGGGUGCCCAGUGGCUGCAUUUUGGUGCUUGGGGAGGAAAAUCUGGAGUAGGACCCAUGCCUCGGCACUUGGUCAUGUGCAAAUGAACGUGAGAUUGAAUGUCACAUCCUCCCUAUUGUCACCAUACC